AUGGUGCUCAAACUGUCAUUUGCAUGCUGGGACUACGACCGGAUGAAAGCCAUAGAAGAUGGCAGAGUGCGAGCAGAAGGAAUCGAGCUCACAUUUCUCAAUUAUCGGGUCGAGGAGACCUUCUUCCGCCAACUUCGAUUCAAGGAAUUCGAUCUGUCUGAACUCUCCUUGUCCUCGUACGUCCUGACGCUGAACCAAGACAACCCACCGUUCAUCGCUCUGCCAGUCUUCCCCAGUCGCUUCUUCCGCCACCAGUCGAUGUAUAUCAACUCCAAAGCCGGCAUUAAGAGACCGGAGGAUCUGCAUGGGAAACGCAUUGGAACUCCAGAGUAUCAAAUGACAGCAGCAGUCUGGCAACGAGGGAUCCUGGCAGAAGACUUUGGGGUGCCUCUGUCCAGCGUGCACUUCUACACGGGCGCCAUUGAGCCGUCGGACAAGCCCCGACAUUCCAAGGUCUCACACACUUACCCGGCCGACAUCCAAGUAACCGCGAUCCAACCCGGACAGAAUCUAUCUCAAAUGCUCGCCGACGGGGAGAUCGACGCCAUUUUCAGCGCCACCAAGCCCUCGUCGUUCGACACGUCGCCAGAAACCGUCACCAGGCUGUUCGACGACUUCAAAGCCGUCGAAGCCGAGUACUAUGCCCGCACCAAGAUCUUUCCCAUCAUGCACGUCGUGGCUCUGAAGCGCAGCGUCUAUGACGCCAACCCGUGGAUCGCGAAGAGCCUGACCAAGGCCUUCGCCCGAAGUCUGGAGAUGGCAUACGAGCCGUUGAAGGAGCGGGCGGCGCUACGGUACAUUCUGCCGUGGCUCGAGGACCAUGUGGAGGAGACGAAGAGGCUGAUGGGCGGAGACGAGCGCUGGUGGAAAGAUGGCUUCGAGGCAAACAGGCAUGUGCUGGACAAGUUCUUGCAGUAUUCCUUUGAUCAGGGGUUGGCGCAGAGGAGAUUCCAACCCGAAGAGCUGUUUGCCCCCAGCACGCUCGAGGACUAUGUACUGUGA